AUGGGUCGCGGACGUAGGUUUGCUCCCUCCUCGGCCAAGGAAGGAAUCUGGUUUAAUCACCGGGGGUCGGAGAGUGCAGGAGGUAACCGAACAGCCGCCACCAGUACAGGGGUCAUGUUGACCGCGCCGUUCGACAGCGAGAAUGAGGCUCGACCACAGCCUCCUCCGGGACCCUUCCGGUCGAAAACGGAGUUGGAUGAUGCGGAGUCAUUCUGUUCAGACAAAAUAAAUUACAAGACAUCCAACAGAUUUUCAGAACAUGAUAACAGAAAUGCUUUCCAAGACCACGGAGUGUACUUCGGAGACGGUCGAGAUGACCGGACACAGGGCAGGAAGAUAAUACUGCCAGAUCUAAGGCUACAUCAUACAGAGACCUGCUUCCUAAAACAUUUCGGGCGGUCGGCGGUAGAUCGAGAUCUCCAAACAACGUACGGAAACUCCUUUACAGGCACUCCGACAGAAAAGCCACCUGUACACAGACGCUUCCCUAAACAGUACAGAACUCCAAAGAGCGGUCCCAUAAAGCUCAACACCACUACCCCACACUGGUUCACAGAGCCCGAUGUUCCCCACAAAACCCCGACUCAGGUACUAGCCGUGUCUCAGGAACCAUUCCUAAAGCACAAUGCAUGGAAAUAUUCCAACCAUGGACUCAGGAAAAUUUAUCCACCAUACAAUAGGAAAACUGAACCGCUAAUUAAUAACGAAUUUAACCGAUAUGGCGCUGCCUUUACUGUUGGGACACAGUGA